AUGAAACUGAACCAAGGGACACUGGACCAAAGGGAACUGGACCUUGGGACACUGGACCAAGGAACACUGGACCAAGGGAAACUGGACCAAGGGAAAGGACACUGGACCAAGGGACACUGGACCAAGGGACACUGGACCAAGGAAACUGAACCAAGGGACACUGGACCAAGGGAAACUGGACCAAGGGAAAUUGAACCAAGGGACACUGGACCAAGGGACACUGAACUAAGGGAAUCUGGACCAAGGGAAACUGGACCAAGGGACACUGAACCAAGGGAAACUGGACCAAGGGAAAUUGAACCAAGGGACACUAAACCAAGGGAAACUGGACCAAGGGACACUGGACCAAGGGAAACUGGACCAAGGGAAACUGAACAAGGGAAACUGGAUCAAGGGAAACUGAACCAAGGGAAACUGGACCAAGGGAAAUUGAACCAAGGGACACUGGACCAAGGGACACUGAACCAAGGGAAACGGGACCAAGGGGAACUGGACCAAUGGACACUAAAGGAGAAACAUAGAAACUGGCCUAGGGACACUGUACCAAGGCACACUGGACCAAGGGACACUGGACCAAGGGAAACUAGACCAAGGGAAAGUGAACCAAGGGACACUGGACCAAGGGAAACCGGAACAAGGGACACUAGACCAAGGAAACUGAUCCAAGGGACACUGGACCAAGCAGAACUGGACCCAGGGAAAACUGGACCAAGGGACACUAGACCAAGGAAACUGAACCAAGGGACACUGGACCAAGGGAAAUUGAACCAAGGGACACUGGACCAAGGGAAACUGAACCAAGUGAAACUGGACCAAGGGAAACUGAACCAAGGGACACUGGACCAAGGGAAAUUGAACCAAGGGACACUGGACCAAGGGAACCAACUGGGAACCAAGGGAAACUGGGACCAAGGGAAAUUGGGAACCAAGGGACAAUGA